AAUCACUGAGUGAGGGAGGAGGGUCAAGAGGGGGAGGAGGGACCUGUCUACCCCCAGCCCCCUACCAGAGAGAGAGACAGGUCCCACACCAAGACCAAGAAGGCCCGCAGGGAGUGUCGCCAUGCCGACAGAGGGGCUGAGACCACAUCGUUAGGCACGCCUUCAACAGCUGGGCUGCAGCCACAGAUGGGUGCGGAGCCACAGACCCAGGUGUUGGAGCCGGUGGCAGGUCCCUCAGAGCCAGGGUCAGCACCAGGGUCCGAAUCUGCGGCUGGCAGUGAAUCUGCAGGUUCUCCGAGGCAGCGGCGCUCGAUCAUCCGGGAUCGUGGGCCACUGUACGACGACCCAUCACUGCCUGAUGGCUGGACGCGCAAACUCAAACAGAGGAAGUCUGGACGCUCCGCGGGGAAGUUUGAUGUCUACCUGAUUAACUCAGAGGGAAAAGCAUUUCGCUCCAAAGUGGAACUUAUUGCCUACUUCCAGAAGGUCGGUGAUACUACCACUGACCCCAACGAUUUUGAUUUUACGGUGACCGGUCGUGGAAGCCCCUCCCGCCGCGAGAAACGACCCCCCAAAAAAACGAAGGUGGUGAAACCAUCGGGGCGAGGUCGUGGGCGACCCAAAGGCAGUGGAAAAAUGAGGCAGGCUACAGAGGGCGUGGCCAUGAAGCGUGUGGUUGAAAAAACUCCGGGCAAACUGCUGGUCAAGAUGCCCUUCAGUAAGGCAGAGUCCUCCACUGGUACUUCCUCCGCUGCUUCAAAGGUGGUGUCAGCUGCUAUAGUGCCCAAGUCCCGUCCUGGAAGAAAAAGGAAAUCGGAACAAGAACUUCCACCCCCACCACAGACUGCCCCUAAGAAACGGGGGAGGAAACCUGCCUCAGCUUCAGCAGCAGCAACAGUGGCCACAGCAUCCACCUCCUCUGUACCCACUGCUGGUAGCUCAACAGCUGGGAGCUACACUGCAGCUGCCAUCUUAGUUGCUGAGGCCAAACGGAGAGCAGCCAAGGAGUCCUCCACCAAACCUGUUGUCCAGGAAACAGCUCUGCCAAUCAAAAAACGCAAAACAAGAGAGACAGUGGAGGAGAGGGAGAGUGUUCCGACUCCAAUGGCUACGACAACGGAUACUGCAAGGAGGGAUACUACAGAGGGGGAGGGCGGUACAGGAGAAGGGGCUAAAACCUCAGAGACUCAGCCCACCCCCCCUGAGCAGAGCCAGUCACAACCACAGAAGCAGUCAAGUGCUUCAGAUGAAAGCCAAUCACAUGGACACAAGACACACAAAGGGAGGAAGCACAAGGAGAAAACAGGAGCAGCAGCUGGAGAUGAAGGAAGCAGAGAAGAUGAAGUGGGUGAAGAUGUAGGUGAUAAAGGGGGAGAGGGAGCAGGAAGGAGUAGCAGCAGCAGUAGCAUUAGUCCACCAAAAACCCACAAAAAGAAGGACAGACCUCACAAACACCACCAUCAUCAUCACCACCACCAUCAUCAUCGCCACCAACAGUCCUCUGCCUCCACAUUAAAUCAGCCUCCGCCUCCCCCUCCGCCAGCCCCUGGACAUCCAGCACCCUCCAGUCAGUCAAGACCUGAAGUUGAGCCCCAGACUGUGCCUCUUAUCACCACCCAACAAUUGCAGCACACCCAGCAAGCUCUUUCCAGACCACAGUCCAAAUUUGUGCCUCAGGCCUUGCCUGGACCUCGGCAUCCUCCUCCUCAAAGUCACCACCAGGUCCAACCCUCUCACCAACAAGAUCCCCAGACCCAGUCUCCCAGUAAGCUCCUAGCCCAGCCCCCCUACCCUGCACCCCAUUCAUCUCCUACCAGGCAUGUCCUGCACCAAUCACGGUCCCAACAACCCCCACCCCAAACCCAUAGUCAGCCCCAGGUGUCUCCCAAAAAAGCCCAGUCACAGUCUAGCCACUCCCCAGCCCAGCACCGAACCCAGCUUCAGACUCAGCAUCCUCCAACUCAGUCCUCAUCCAUUCUGCAUGUUCAUCCGCCCCAAACAAGGCAUCCACAUCCACAAAGUCAGUCCCCCACAGCACCGCAACCUCAAACCCUACUCAGACAACCGUCUCAAACCCAGAACCAGCUCGGACAACAAUCUCAGUCCCGGCACUCAUUUGAGUCUCAACCCCAGUCAAGGACCCUAACCCAAAUUCAGACUCAGUCCCAUUCCAGAACCCUAACCCAGCUCCAGACUCAAUCCCAGUCAAGAACCCCAACCCAAGCUGAGCCUCGACUGCAGCUCAGAACCCCAACCCAAACUCAUCCUCAACCCCAGUCCAGAACCCCAACCCAAACUCAUCCUCAAAUCCAGCCCAGAACCCCAACCCAAACUCAUCCUCAAAUCCAGCCCAGAACCCCAACCCAAACUCAUCCUCAAAUCCAGCCCAGAACCCCAACCCAAGCUCAUCCUCAACCCCAGUCCAGGACCCCAACCCAAACACAGUCUCAACCCCAGUCCCGGACCUCAACCCAAACACAGUCUCAACACCAGUUCAGGACCCCCCAAUUUCAAUCUCACCUGCAACCCAGG